AUCUUUAUUUCGAACCAAAAGUCAUCAAAAAACCAUCCAAAACCCUUCUUCCAUGAACUUCCCUUGUUGCUGUUUCAAACAACAGAAGAAAACUUCCCUUGUUCCAGAAGUUCACAUUGAAUUCUAUGCUUCUGUUAUUAAAUUAGUUUAAGUGAGUGUUCUGUUUUUGCAUCAAACAUCAUCAUGGCGCGGCAAGAAAACUCGUCUACUUUUGAGAAGAAAAUUUUAUCAUUAAAAGCUCGAAUUCGUUAUCUAAUCCACCGUUAUGAGGCCUUAACUUUCAUUGCUGCAUUGGUUGUAAGUUACACAUUUAUGGAGAUCGCGGUGUUGGCAAUAAUGAUGGAUUAUCUCACAAAUGCACUCGAAGUGCAGAAUCAACGGAUAGCUGCUAUUGUCACAAAUCUGCAAGAUGCUUUAUCAUCUCUCUUUUUUGUUGUUGUUUCUCUAAUCUCGCAAACAUAUACUGGUUCUUUCACUAUGAUCACAUUUUGUGCUGCAGCUUCCAUCGAGGGUUUAAUGCUACUAUGGACAUCUACAUCACCUUCAGCGUUUGGUGCGGUCUUUGCAGCCAUAGUCUUCCUUGGAAUUGGAAAAAGUGGUCAAAAGCUUUCAGAAAAUUUCCUUGAGUAUCAGUUGGAAGAGAAAAUGAAAACAAAGAAACAAGGCGAAGAAGAUGGAAGCACACAAGACAGAAAUGAGAGAAGCCUCGGACAUACAAUUUUUAUUAAUAUCUGGCUGUUCGCUCCACUGGUUGUUGGAUACAUCAUAACAAUUUGUCUUGUCUUCAUCUUCUAUGAUGUAACAUUAGAGGACCUAUUCAGAUUCGCUGCACUUCUCAUGGGAGCGACUAAUCUGUUGUUCCUCAUCGGUUCUUUGGGGUAUAGCCGCCAAGAAUUACCCGUUGAAAGCGAUCUAAGCAAGAUCCAUAGAAUCUUCAGCACAGCUUUAGGAAAACUGAGUUCAAAAUAUCCAACCUCGCCGAAUUCUUAUUACUGGAAGGGUUACAAGCAGCAACAUACGUAUAGUCGUGGUGAAGGAGUGAGGUUAUUGCCACGAGUUCCACGGCUAUUCAGGUGGUUGGACAAAGCGGCCAUCAUUAAAGAAGAGGAAGAAGAAAAAGAAGAUUCAAGACAUGAUAGAGAGAGUCUUGAGACGCAAGAAAGGAAAAAGAAGAUUUGCACUGUGAAGGACGUGAGAGAUGUUAAAAGCCUUGUUCAUAUGAUCUACCUUGGCCUUACCAUUUUUCCUUAUAGUUUACUCAUGGCCUCUGGGAACACUUUCUUUGUUGCACAAGCAAGUGCGUUGACACCAGUUAUGAAUAAAAAGGGUAACGAUAUCUCUAUUCUAUUUUUGAUCAAAGCCGUGGCAACUGACAUGUCAAACUUUACUUGUUUUCUCAUCAGUCUUGCAUUUCGAAACAAGCAAAAACCAAGAGUUACCUAUGUCAUGUUCGAAAGAAAAGCUGCGACAAUCACGAGGAUUGGAUUUGGCAUUACGUGUGCUGUAAUAUGCGGCUUCAUAGCAUGGCAAGUGGAGAUUCGUAGGUUGUCGUCAAAGGUGGAUACAACAGUCGCUUUGGUUCCGCAGUUUUUGUUACUAGGAGUGACACAGGGACUUGUUGACGGGGGAUUAGAGAGAUUAUUCGAUGACCAUGUAGCGAAAUCGUUGUCGAGUUUUGAGGAUUCGUUUAGUGAGUUGGUGGUUGGUGGUGGAAAACUUCUGAUUAUACCAAGUGUGUUGAUUUUCAGUGGGUGGAUCAAGGAAACAAUCGACACUAGCCAUUUGGACAGGUACUAUCUGAUGUUGGCGAUAAUGAAUGCUGUGCUGCUUCUGGCUUUUGCAUACUACUCUGUCACAUAUGCAUACAAGGAAGUGUGUCCCGAAGAUGAGAAAGUUACCACAGAGCAAAGAUUGGAUCAUGCUCAUCAACCAGACUCAGAAAACACCUAUCAGGAAAAUACUCCCCCAUUUCCAUAACAAGUGUAGUGUUCAGGAAAAAUCUUCUGAAAAUAAGUGUUACUUUUUUUUAAUGUAAUAUUGGUUAUAUCAAGUGAAUGUUCACUUUCUUGAAAAUGUCAUCGACCAAAAACACUUUAUUCAUCUAUGCCCACAUGGGAAUCAAAAUACACAAAUGAA